AUGGGAACAAAGGUCAAGGUGUUCGUGGCUCAAUAUGGAAUCCAAUUGGUCCAUUCUUCCCCCUACUACCCCCAAGCUAACAGGCAGGCCGAGGCGAAGAACAAGCUGACGUAUGGACAUGAUGCCGUGCUCCCACUGAAAAUUACGGUAGCAUCGCUCCGAACUUUGCAAAUGAACGGACUCUCGAUGGAAGAAAAUGACCAAGCACUGCUUCAGGAGCUCGAUACUUUACCCGAAGAGAGGUUGCAAGAACUCGAACAUACGCGAGAUCAAAAGAAAAAAACAGAAAGGGCCUUCCAAAAGCACGUUAGGUCUCAGGCCUUCCAGGAAGGUGAUAUGGUUUGGAAGGUCAUUCUUCCGGUCGGGCCGAAAGAUCCAAAAUUUGGAAAAUGGUCACUCUUAUGGGAGGGACCGUUCAUUACACCUGCCAAGACAACCAGCGGUGCGUACAGAUUAAUGGAACCCGAAGGAAAAGAGUCGAACAUGUUCAUUAAUGGAAAGUAUCUCAAACGAUUCUAUCCGUCCAUUUGGGAUUUAGAAUAG